AUGAUCACCAACUUUUUUGCAAAGGCCGCAGCCACGGGGAGUAACCAGACCCAGGACGGGACUGGCCCCGUGACGCCCACCCCCCGUUCCCGGGUCAAUAAGCGUACCAAGAAUGCAAAGCUUACCAAGGGAAAGACCCAGCAAGUGGAGAAAAGUCUCCAACAGAUUGAUAAGAUGUUUCAGAUUGAGACACGCGCCCCACCCGCUUCUCAGCCUCGUGCUGUUCUGGCUGACCGUAACGAGGUAAUCAACCAAGGUAUUGGUAGAUCGGCAGGUACAAGGGAGAGACCCCAAGUCAGCCCUACGCGAGACCAUGGUAAGAGCGAGCCCAUGCAUGUGCCGUAUGAUCCUUUCUACCCUGAAGACCAGGAAAAUUGGGAUUGGGGGUUCAUGAUCCCCAGCAAGCCACGUCCGCGAUCCAAAUACGCUGGUAAGUCAAUCGCUGAAGAUGUGGCGAAUGACGAAGAAGCGUUUUUCGACUGGUCCUCUUCACCACCACGACCUAGACGACGAGAGGCAGAGGAGGGACGUGAGUCCAUUUACACCCAGAAACGCGCGCCCGCCGAGGUCGAAACGGAGCAGUUCGCCGAUGAAUCGAGUGACGGUGAGUUGAGUGAGCUCGAUAGUGACCAGUUCGACUCUGAAUUUAAGGACGACGAAGUCGUCGACUCCGAGACCGACUCCGAGACCGACUCCGAGAAUGAACGACCCGAGGAAUAUGACAAUGAAUGGGAAGACAUUGAGGAGGAAAUUACGAUCAGGAUUCCGGGGAACAGUUUGAGCCAGGCUGCUGUUUCGAUGCCGUUUCGUCAAUCAAAUGCCAACAAUGCGCCGCGCGUAAAGCAAAUUACGGCUACGGGCAUGUUGGGGAGUGCCGCGGAGUGGGCCGCCAUCCUUUGCUGGGUGGCCGAAUUCUGGGACACAGACCUCGAGGUUGUCUGGGACCCCUUCCUCCGCCAGUCGUUUGGCCCCUUGUCGUGCGCGCUUGCCUUCCAGUUCGCCGACACCGAGAAAGCCCACCGCAUGGAACACCAUAUUGCGGCGACAACCAAGAAAGCUAUGGAGAAGAUGUUGACAGUGAGCCGCUGGAUAUUGAUGAGUUCCCCCGACGUUGUCCCAAUGAAUCCCAUGAGAAAUAUGUUUAUCGAGUGCUUAACCGGAUGAUUUCGAGGCACGACAGAUCAUAUUUAGGUACCGACUCGAGGAUAUUAUUCGACAUACCUGGACUCUAGCACGCCAGACCCCGCUGGAAAAUUGGCCAACAACAGCCCGUUUGUCCAACCAAUGUGGUCUAUCUUAGCUAACACAUCGGAAGAGAAGAUCGACGAAGUGGUUAAUAAGAUUAAACGGG